AUGUAUGCAUUGAAGGUACUAGUGGCGGCAGCAUUGGCCGCCUCGCUCAUACAGGCCCACGAACACCCCCACGCGGACCCCCAUGAAGACACCCACGAAGACCUCGUCCUCCACGCGCCAUCGCAAACCGACACCAUCAUCUCCUCUCAAUUGACGCCAGUGCCCCACGUCGGCCACCACCACCACGGCGUGCCCAUUCUCGACACCUCCCUCCUUCCCGAGGAACGGUUGUUCUGGGAAAACUACAACUCUACCACCAGCUACUUUGCCCACCCCUCCGACCACCGAGGCAGUCUCUACGCACAUGUGGUGUUGGGAUUGCUAUCGGUUGUGUUUGUAUAUCCCAUGGCCAUGGUGUUCAAGAACUUGAGCAUGGUGUCGUGGUACCUCGGUGGCCUUGUGCUCCACUCGGGCCUCACGGUGAGUUCGUUGUUUGCCUACUCGGUGUUCAUGAACUCCAUCCCCGACUUGUACCCAGGUAAUGCCUACAACAAGAUGUCAUGGAUCUUGUUCUUCUCCACAGUAGUUCAAUUGGUCACUGCCGUCAUGAAGUACGCCUACAAUGCCAACUCCGACGUCUACCACCCUAUUGGACUCGACGAGAACGGCCUGGAAGGCUCGUCCGUGGGUUCGCCUGCCACAAACCUGUUUGAAUUUUCUAGAAACAGCUCCAACUCCAUGAGCUACUCCGAAUCCGACGAAUUGAAGACAUCUAAUAACGCGAUGUUGGCACUCAAACCGCCCUCCACCUCCUCCUGGACUGGGAGGUUGUUCGGGUUGCCUAUCUUCAAAAAAAUCUCCUCCUCGAUCUACCUGGUGGUCAAUUUCACCUUCAACUUCCUCCAUUGGGCCCAUUUCUUCUUCUUCAUGAUCUACGUUCCAACUGGUUUGGCCACAUUUUUAAUCUUGGGUGAAGGCUCUGCUGUGUUCAACUUGUUGGCACACUUCAUCAAAGGAGGUGUAUUCUUUGCAUACGGUAUCUUGACAUUAGCCAGAUACUGUGGUGCAUUCACCGGGAAAGGCUGGGCGUGGAACCAUCACUACGUCACCGCUUUCAACAACAACACCCGGUGGAAUAAGAUUCAGUCCAAAGGAUUGGUCACCAUGGAAUUUUUGGAGAGCUCGCUCAUUUUGUUCUACGGAUGUACCAACAUCUUUUUGGAACAUUUAUCUAAUGCCGGAGGUGCAUGGAGCGCCAAGGAUUUGCAACAUGCUUCGAUUGCUUUCAUAUUUAUUGGAUGUGGAUUGUGUGGUGUGAUUACUGAAAUCAAGUUGAAUACCUGGAGGUUUGAAAAGUCCAAUGAUGAUUUUGCAGCAAUGAAGGAUGUCUCGGACGACUCAUUCGACAAUAUCAUCAAGUCAUCUCCCGGGUUUUCCCCCAAUCCAUUCCCUGUUAUUACUAUUUUCUGGACUGGAAUCCUUAUGUCGAAGCAUCAACAGGCUUCGGAAACGUCUACUGAGAUCCACACCCAGUGGGGCAACAUGUUCAUCAUCAGUUGUGCUUUCCGUUUGAUCACCUACGUGAUGAUUCUUCUAGGACCUACCAACAAACUGUUGACGCGGCCAUCGAGACCCAUGACCGAAUUGAUAGUCAGUUUCGGGUUGUUGUGCGGAGGAUUGAUUUUCAUGGAGUCCACCGACCCCGUCAUCUACAUUUUCGAGUACUACGGACUCACCCCGAUGUUCACCUUGAACUUGUCGCUUGGGUUGAUUGCGUUGUUCAUGGGAUGGGAGAUGCUGUUGUUUGCCAUCAAGGACUGGCUCGUAUCCAAGCGCAAGCUCCAGUGA